UUUUUUUUCGAUUCAGUUGCCGUUUUAACUCCGCCGCGCGCGGAAACUUUUUCAGUCCGCUUUAAAUAAAAAGAAAAUAAAAUACUGCAGCGCGCUGCACUUUCGUGUCUUUGGCGCCAAUUUCAAAAAACGAAAUCCGCUGGCGGAUUCAAUUCAACUGUGUGAAGUUUUCCUAUUUCUAAUUUCUCGACCGCCCCGCCCCCCGGAUUUUCCCACGCCCCCGCGCUGCGACUCCCAUGGCAGCUAGCAAAUUUAAUUGCGGCAAGCUACCGACAGCCACACAUUUCGAUGCGACAUGUGCGAAAAUCAGCGCCUUUUACUUUGACCUGGACAACACGUUAAUUCCGACGCGGGCCGGCGAUUCCAAGGCGAUCAGAAAGCUCGCGGACGUUUUGGAGAGUCAGUACCAGUUCAGCAAGGAUGACGCCGCUCAGUCCAGCCAGAAUUUCCUAAAGGCAUUUCGCCGCUGUCCGGACAACUCGCAGACGUCGCUGGACUCGUGGCGCACCCACCUGUGGCGUGAAUCCCUGCCAGCGCGCCACAAGCACCUGGCGGAGCAGAUCUAUCCGCAGUGGCUGAAGCUGCGGUACCGCUACCUGGCCGUUCCCGCCGACUAUGUCCAGCUGCUGCUGCGGAUGCGCCAGGCGGGCUACGCCCUGGCCCUCAUCACGAACGGACCAUCGAAUGCCCAAUGGGAGAAGGUGGCCAAGCUGCAUGUGCGCGGCUACUUCGACUGCGUCCUCGUCUCAUCGGACCUGCCCUGGGAGAAGCCGCAUCCGGAGAUCUUCUACGCCGCCUGCAACUUCCUCAAUGUCAAGCCGCAUGAGUGCGCCAUGAUCGGCGACAAACUGGAGACCGACAUUAUGGGUGGUCACUUGGCCCAACUGGGUCUCACCUUCUGGACGCCACUGAGCAACAGCAGCUCGGCAGCUCAAUCGCUGGAGGAUGUGGAGUACAAGCCGCACGUGAAGCUGGGCAGUCUGCUGGAGAUGUACAAGUACUUCCCGCGCCUCAAUGCCGUCGCUCCGCCGGACACGGCCUCCACCUCCCGGCGUCGUGGCAGCCACAUGAGUCCCACUGGCCAGAGCUCCUCUAGCAACGGGAGCGGGAGCGGUAGCAGCUCCAGUUCCAGUUGUGAGCCGGGAGCUGGCCACGGGUACCAUCAUCUCCAGCACCAGCACCAGCACCAGCAACAGAUGCAGCAGAGGCAGAGGCUCUAUCGACGUGGCGUUUCCCUGCCCGCCAUGGAUUGCUCCAACAGUGAGGCGGAGAACAGCUGCGACAGCUUUCUCUAGACCCAGACAGAGAAGUCUAAAAGGAUCGAUCGCAAGGAUCAAAUACAGAUCGGGAGAUAUUGUUGAAAAAUGUACCUUCAGUUUACAAAACUAUAGCUAAAGAAAAGGAGAGAUCGUUGGAAUGGUAAUGGAGUAAUAACCACAGAUGGACGAAGGACAGCCAGGAGAAUUGGAAACGAAUGCAGGAAUUUAAAGUUCAACUAUUAGCGGGAGGAGCCCGGUGCAGCACGGUGAAUCUCGAUAUCUGCCAUUAGACUAAAAUUAGGACUAGCAAAACAAACAGCAUCAGAGCACACACACACACACUCACACACACACAAACUACAGCAUACAAAUACUACAAGCAAAAUAACUAAGAAAAUCGAGGACAGGAAGCAGAGCAAACCAAAUGUAUUUUUCUAAGCGAAUUUUCUGUCACAUAUUUUGUAAAUUGAUAUAACACGCAACUGAAAGUACGUCAAGGUAACACAAAAAACACACAAAAAAAAAAAAAAAAAAAAAAAAAAGUGAAAAUGAAAAUGAUGAAGUAAACCAGACAAAAACCACAUUAACAAACCUUUCGAGACACUAACGAACAAAAAAAAAAAACAAAAAAAUAAGAAAAACCGAGGCACUAACAAAUCUGUAGUUAUAGCAUGACGAUGGAUGUACGUGAAUGUUAACUAUUGUCUUAGUCUUAGCCUUUAGCCGGGUUCGAAUUUGUGUGAGCCCCACACUCUGUUGGCAAAUUGUUAUUUGCAACCACCUCCUCCCCAUUUACCCACGCCCCAAAAAAAAAACCCCUGGUUAUUCCGCACCCACGCGAAAAGUUGAUGAUAUAUAUGGUACAUACAUAUGCCAGCAUGCGUAUGUCGAAAGCACUGUUGAUCAUGGAUAUGGAAAAUAAAUGACACUGCAAAAGCUAAAAA